AAAACGAUGGUUUUAAAAUAUUUAAUUUUAAUGUCUCUCAAUUUAAGUAUGAAUAUAGUUAUCUCAUUAAAACUGAUUUUGCAGUUUGCAUUUGUAGCUAAUGUAAAGCGUCUUGUUGCAUCGAAGAUCGACCAGUAUGUGAGUAUGUCGCAACACCAGGGGGCAGCGCAUCUCAUUUUCAUGAUACUGUAACUAUAACAUAAGUUUUUACAAUCAUCACUGAAUAAAUGUGUGGUAUCGAUUAAAAGAUUCAGUUUCAUAAUAACAUAUGCUCAAGCACAUUUUCUUUCAAUGAAAGUAACCGCAUUUCUCUUCCCUUUGAAACUAUCGCAUUCCUGCUAUGUCCAUCACUUCCACCUCCCUCAAAAACCACGAGAGGAGAGCCAAUGACGAGCGAGCACGCGGAGCGGCUUCCGGCCGGACUGGUAGCACUUCCGGCCUGAUUUACGAGCUCCUGCCCCAGCUGGCACCGCUGCGGCCCUGUUGACAGACCGUCCGACAUGGCUGCCGUGUGGAGAGCCCGCAAUUUCGCCCGCUGUGUCGUCCGCUUCUCUGACCGAGAACUCAACUAAACCGUCCUAUUUGUGAAGGAAUUAAAAAGCCGUCCCAUAGACGCCGUAAUGGCAGAAAAUGAAAUCAAUUCAACUGGUUUGUUAGAGGAAGAAGAGGAAGAUGAAGAUAGUGAAAAUGCAGGGGACUCCGACCUCCAAAACAUUGUUGUGUUCUCACCCAAAAAGCUGGAGCUCAGUGUGUUCAGGGAAAGGUGGAUGUCUGAGCUGAAGCCCACCACAGGAUUGAAGGCGGCUCUCAGAGGGUCCUUCCAGUGUGGAGACCCGAAAAAGAAGCAGGAUCUCGCGCGGGAGGAGACGGCCCGAGAACUGUUCCUGAAGGCUGUGGAGGAAGAACAAAAUGGAGCCGUUUAUGAAGCUAUCAAGUACUAUCGCAGAGCCAUGCAGCUCGUGCCUGACAUUGAGUUCAAAAUCAACUACUGUCGCACCCCUGACCCUGAUGGCCUUGGUGGCAGCUACACCGUGGAGACUGAGCAGGGGUUCGAGAUGGCCGACCUACUGGCCUACUUCCAGCAUCAGCUCGCCCUGCAGGACACAACUCGCAAAAUCUGUGAGCCGGAGGUUGAGGGGACGCAGACGCACAUUUCUGCUCUACCCCUGGAGGUCAUGAUGUACAUUUUCCGCUGGGUCGUGUCCAGCGACUUGGACUUGCGCGCACUGGAGCAGCUCUCCCUCGUGUGCCGGGGCUUCUACGUUUGUGCCAGGGACCCAGAGAUUUGGCGCUCAGCCUGCCUGCGUGUUUGGGGGCGGGGCUGCACCAAAAUGGUGCCCUUCACCUCGUGGAGGCAGAUGUUCCUGGAACGGCCUCGAGUGCGCUUUGAUGGCGUGUAUAUCAGCAAGACAUCCUACAUCCGCCAGGGCGAGGAGUCGCUGGAUGGAUUCUACCGGGCCUGGCAUCAGGUGGAGUACUACAGGUACCUGCGCUUCUUCCCUGAUGGCCAGGUCUUCAUGCUGACCACGCCUGAGGACCCCCUGACCACAGUCCCUCGUCUGCGGACCAGGAGCUGCAGGGUGGAUUCUGUCCUCUUCGGCCACUACCGUCUCUCCCAGGACACAGACAAUCAAACCAAAGUUUUUGUCGUCGUUUCCAAGAAAAAGGAUGAGAGGGCGACAGAGUAUCAGAAAAACCGGUUCUGCCGGCGGAACCCAGCGCCGGAGAUGGAGCGGAGCUUCCAUGUUGGCCUGCAGUUGGCCUCUGGGGGGCGGCAGCGCUUCAGCAAGCUGGUGUGGAUCCACCACUCGUGCCACAUCACUUACAGGGCGACUGGGGAGACGGUGGUUACAGCUUUCGAAAUAGACAAGAUGUACACGCCCUUGUUCUUCGCCAGAGUGAAAAGCUAUACCGCCUUCUCAGAGAAGCCCCUGUAGCCAGCCUGAAAAAUGCCUGUUUUCGCAACGCACACACACACGAUUUAAGGUUCACACACACACACACUGCAGACGGCUCACCCAAUUUUUUAUUUACAUGCUGGAUUAUGAUUUUGAUGAAUGUAUAUCUGUAAUAGUUUUUUCUGCUUCAGUUUUAAACUUCUGACUUUUAGUAGGCCCUUUGAAAAUGCCCACAUAAAAUGUUCUUGGAUAAUGCAGUUUCACUGGAAACAAUAUGGAUAGUCAAGCAUUAUUUAUUGUACCAGAAACAUUAAAUGGCCAUUUUACCACAGACCUAUUUGGAUAUACAGGAAGUAUUUCCCAAAACUUGUGUGUAUAAUUCUUUUCUGAAUUCUAGCAGAUGUAUCCUAAUGAAAACUGGAAUGAUUAAAUAGCAGUAUGAUGACACA